AUGCAACAGGGACGCACCGCCGGACGACCAACUCUUUCUGCUGGUUCUAUUAAACUUAAGAUUGAGGACUUCGGCUCAACACUACAAAAAUCAUCAAUAUCUGCUGAGAACUAUAAGAAGUCAGUUGUGCAAGCGAAAGAGCACAUUUUAGCCGGUGACAUUUUUCAAGUGGUCCUAAGCCAGCGUUUUGAGAGGCGCACAUUCGCGGACCCUUUUGAGGUGUAUCGCGCAUUGCGCAUUGUCAAUCCUAGCCCUUACAUGGCCUAUCUGCAGGCACGGGGGUGUAUUCUUGUAGCAUCAAGUCCUGAGAUUCUUACUCGAGUGGAAAAGGACAAUUGUCAAUCGGUCACUUUUGCUGGAACAAUUAGAAGAGGAAAGACGAAAGCUGAAGACAAGGUUCUAGAACAACUCUUGUUGAGUGACGAAAAGCAAUGUGCCGAGCAUAUUAUGUUAGUAGAUCUGGGACGCAAUGAUGUUGGAAAGGUGUCCAAACCAGGUACAGUAAAGGUUGAGAAACUUAUGAACGUGGAGCGAUAUUCACAUGUCAUGCACAUUAGCUCGACAGUUACUGGGGAUCUGCUUGAUGAUCUUACAUGUUGGGAUGCUCUGCGAGCUGCAUUGCCUGUUGGAACAGUUAGUGGUGCUCCUAAGGUGAGAGCGAUGGAGUUGAUCGACGAGUUGGAAGGGAAGAUGCGUGGUCCAUACGGUGGCGGCUUUGGCAACAUCUCCUACCGCGGCGACAUGGAUAUCGCCCUUGCCCUGCGUACCAUCGUCUUCCCUACGGCUUCCCGGUUCGACACCAUGUACUCGUAUGACGGCGACAACAGCGCGCGCCAGGAGUGGGUAGCGCACCUCCAAGCCGGAGCCGGGAUCGUCGCCGACAGCAAGCCAGAUGACGAGCACCAGGAGUGCCAGAACAAGGCUGCCGGCCUAGCUCGUGCCAUCGAUCUCGCGGAGUCUACCUUCCUUGACUUCUCGGAUGUGUAACAGAUUUAGCUCUCGCUCUUCCUAAUUUGAAGUCUGGCAGAAAACAUCCAAGUUUGUCCGCUGUCGGUGCUGCACCAAAUAAACAAUUGUAGCUAGUGUAAUAAGUUUUCAAUCAAUAAAAUAUGAAGCAGAUUGGAAUUCAA